AUGCUUUUUGUUGUUAAAAGAGAUCCUAUAUUUAAAAGGAAGAAGGCAGUUUCAGAACGCAUAUCACCUGAAUAAAAAAGUAUUUCUCUUUUGUAAAAUGAUAGAAUUAAUGGAUGAUUAUGAAAUUUUCUCAUAUCUAAAAAAUGAAAGAAAUAAUCAUCCAGCUUCAUUUCAUGUAACAUCACUUAAUUAAGUUCCUUUUACUUAAAGAUCUUAAAAGGUUGUAACAUAAACAAUCAAGGAAGAUAAAUAAAAGUCAAAGAGUAAUGAUAACAAGUAAUAAAUAAAAAAGAAAAAAAAGAGCUAUUUUUAACUAAAAUUGGAAAGAUAUUAAAAAGAAGUAUAAGAAUAGCAAUCAAAAAGAAAAUAAGAAUUAUUGAUUAAAUCUAAAAAUCUAUUAAAGAAAGAUUUAGAAGAUAUAUAGAAGAUGACUAAUAAAGGAGUUAGAGAAUUUGAGGAAAGAUGUAAUUUGUAUAGCAAAUAUUACUCAGAAGAGUUGAUGACUCCAAAUGGAAUGUAAAUAUAAUUAAUUAUUUAUUUAGAAGAUAAGAAGACUUGAAUCUUCCUAUCUAUAAGUAUUCAACAAUUGAGAACUAGAACAAAUAUAAGGUUCUCUUGAAAAAUUAACCAAUUCCUGAACCAAGAUUUACAUCAGAAUAAGAGUUUGAGUAAUAUUAAUCUAAUCCUGAUAGAAUUAAAUUGAUAAGCUCAUAACUGCAAAAACUAAAUAUCAAAGUAAAAUAAUUAUAUAAAUAAUAUUAAAAGUUAAUUAAAAGACCGAAUGAUUUAGAAAAUCAACUUUUUGAUGCAAUACUUAAAAAUGAUAGUUUUACAGUAAAUAAGCUGUUGAUGGAGAAUAAAACUUUAAUAAACAUAAGAAAUAGAGUAUUAAUAAAUAUAAAAAAAUUAGGUUCAAGAAACACCAUUACAUUUAGCAUGUAAACGAAAUUUAAAAGAGAUUGUUGAAUUAUUAUUGAGACAUUAAGCAGAUGAAUCAUUAAAAGAUAUAUGGGGAUAGACUCCAAGAUAGUUGACUUUAAAGUUUAGACAUUUAGAAAUUUUGAAAAUUUUAUCUUAUAAAUGA